UUUGAGCAAGUUGUCGAGAUGGGAGCUGUAAUGAGCGGAUAUCUGGAGUCCCCAGUUACGGAGAAGGAGGUAAUCGACGGAAUAUCAAAGUUGGGACUGAAAUACGGUGCUAGCAGUAUGCAGGGAUGGAGGGUUGCUAACGAGGAUGCAAUGAGCUGUGUUCCUGACCUGACAGACAAUUCGGCACUGUUUGCCGUAUACGAUGGCCACGGUGGAGGCGAGGUGGCUCUCUACGUCGCUAAAUACCUUCCAAUGCUCCUUAAAACACAGUACGAUUUUACUGAUGGCAAGAUCGAGCAAGCUCUGAAAACAACUUUCCUGGCUGUUGAUAAGCAGAUUGUGUUGGAGGAAACGGCUGAUGAAUUGCAGACGCUGGCAGGUACUAAAGGAGACGAUGAAGAUGAAGAAGGAAUGGAAGAUAAGAUCAAAGAAUGUGAGGAGCUGAACGAAGAGGCCCAGCUGCCACUUGUGGACCUGCUCGCCAAAUACAAACAAAAAUUCAAAGAGUGCAUGGAAGAAGAAAUGGCGGAGAAAGAAGGCAACUUUGAAGGAUCCGGGAAAGGAAAGAAGGCUAAGGUGGAAGUUCCUGAUAUCUUACAAGGCGGUGGAGAGCCUGCAAGCGCUGGAUCAGCUGCAAAUGGGAAGGAAAUCGUCAAAAACGGAAAAGAUUCAGAAUCUGAAAGUAGUUCCCCUUCAAAGAAAAACGGCGCGGACGAGACGACUGCAAAUGGGGACGAGAGUAAGAAUGGUGAGGGUGAAGAGGAAUCUGAUGAAGAGGAAGAGGAAGAGGCAGAAAUGACUGACGAGGACGAUUCGGACGAAGAGGGGUCAGAGGAGGGGUCAUCAGAAGAGGAUAGUGACGAUGAUGACGUUCCCCCAGAGUUUGAUGAGAGAGAGGGGUACGGAAGUGGCACUACCGCUUGUGUAGCCGUUAUCCAGGAAGGGGUUAUUACUGUAGCUAACGUUGGUGACUCGAGGUGUGUAGUGUGUACCAAGGACGGAGUUGCAGUGGACUUGUCCGAGGACCACAAACCAGAGAGUGAGAUUGAGAAGACCCGGGUUGAGAAAGCAGGAGGGAAGAUAACGAAGGAUGGUCGUGUAAACGGUGGUCUGAACUUGUCACGUGCACUGGGGGAUCAUCAGUACAAGCAGAACACUGACCUGCCUCCAGAGGAGCAGAUGAUAAGUCCCAUGCCGGACCUUCAGACACAUACUAUUGCGGAGUGA